AAAACUCAACCAGGACCAAGAGUCUUCCCGCAACCACCACCAACGCCUUUGCCUUUGAGCUCACCAAACAUGGGCGUGUUCUAUCAUGAAGAAGAGCCACCAAACCUUUCUAAGAGAUGCAAGUGCCUCUCUGCAGUGCUCAAGGAAGCAUUCUCUCAGUGCCAUACUUUUGAUAGACAGCUCUCGCGGUCAACCCCUGAAGAGGAGUAUCCGAUGAGCGAUUCCGGCGAUGAACAGGAAGAGGUUGUAUCGGAGAUUCGCAGUCGAGCCAUGGAGAAGCUAAGGCGCAAGGCGAACUUCACUAUGGACAGCUUUUCCUUUGUCUUCUCCCCGGGCAUGGACGAGCUUUCUUUCACCCAUCAACAGGGAGCCGAUCAUGAUGAAGACGACAAGGAGGAAUUCGUGACCGUAAGGAGCUGUUUCACCUGCUGUUCAAGCGCUGCAACUGCAAGCAGGGAUGAGUUCAUGACCGUGAGGACCAACUUCUCACGGUGCUCGAGCUUGAAUGAAAUGACGAUCCAAGAAAUGCGGCGGCGCUCAAUCAUUCAGGAGUUCUGUCACUGCCAGGGGUGGCCGUUCGGCCUGUGCCGGAAGCUCCUAUUGCUUCCGCCUCUGCCCAAGUCUCCAACAGAGUCAUGGUCAUGGAGGAGAGGUACCAGGCUGAGAAAGAUGCCCUAUAUUUAGUGCUUCUUUGAUCUGGGUACUCUUUGGUGAUUGUUCAUGUAAUAAAUGGAUAGUUUUGGGCGAUGUUGGUCACAUUGCUGGAGAAUUAUCAUUUUGUCAGCUUACAGCAAACUAGAGAAAGUAGGGAAAACAGAUAUAGAGACAGGUUUACUCCAAGCUGAGAUUGAAGAUUGUGGAUGAGUUUCUAGCACAUUCUAAGGCAUCCAAUUUGCGAAGAGGAGUAUACUAAGCUAAGAUGGAUAAUCAUCUGAUUGAAUAAUCGUCAUUUCAAUAUCUAUGUAUCAGUUCUGAGUUAUAGCAUCAAAUCGCUCUGAGCGUUGUCGACAGAGGGCUAUCUCUUGCACUGAAUAUGGAAAUCUCACUCUAACAUGAGUCCCAUCCAAAUGGGUUCAAAAGUUUGGUGACCUGUCAAUUACUUACCAAUAAUAUUCAUCAAUACAGAAACCA